AUGGCUCCCUGUAAUCCUUCUGAAUCUUUAUCUACCGCCACAGGGGCAAUAAUCCAUAGAACAAACGAGGGAUUCGCAAUACAAUUACAUUAUGUUUUGAUUUUGAUAGUCUUGGCACGGUAUUUCAGUCGCAAACUAGCCUCCCUGAAGAAUUACCUCGCUCGUCUUCGAAAUCCAACCUGCAAAACAGAUAAUUCCUCCGUCUCAUCAGAAAAUGGAUCGAUUAAAAGUUCACACCUUAGAGCCAAAAGUUCUCUACCACGUAAAUUACAUGCACGCACGAAAUGGAAGGGUGUGACUGCGACCUGA